AUGAUCUUCAGUUUCACUGUGUCUCUCUACAUCGCCGGAUUUCUGAGCUCAAAUCCAGUUAGUUGUGAAGAUUCGUUGUCCUCUCUCCAUAAACUACUGACUCCUCUAAAGAAAAGUGUGGGCUACAGAGAGCCGAAAUUCUUCUUUGAUAUGUGUGCAGUAGGAGUGAGAAGGGUGGACCCCUACUCUAUGGGUCUGAUAAUUGUGGGCGAAGCUAAAGGCUUGGCUCCGUCCAGGUUCAUAGGAUCCAUCCACCGCCAUCUUGGUCCCGUGGUGAUGAGCGACCUCGACAGCAACCACCAUUUUGGUUCCAUGGUGAUGAUGAGCGACCUCGACAGCAACCGCCAUCUUGGUUCUGUAGUGAUGGGAACCCGGUUCCAAGCCGUCAUGAUUCUCAUAGAAGAGGAGCACAUCCUCAAGUAUGUGGCCGACCUGCACACGGCCACCUUCUGGAAUCCGCUCAAGUUGUACGUUUUCGUGAUAGACAGUGACUGCACUGAGCUGAUGGUGACGUUCCUGCAACAAAUCUGGGACAAGCACAGGGUGGACAACACGAUUGUUGUUUGUUCGAGACAGUUCAGAAAACUCUACUCGUAUGAUCCCAACAUUAUGAAAUUAUCCACGUACACCAGAGCAAACCAGAAAGAGUUGUUGGUGAAGUUGAGGAGGGAAAGAAUUCUCAACCUAAACGGACAACCACUGACAGUCACCAUGUUCCCCACAACAAAGACCGCCAUCUUGAGACCGGAUGGAAGUUAUGGGGCAGCUGAUGGCUACCUCCUCAAGUUGUUGGCUGACAGAAUGAAUUUCACCCCAAUCACCCUGGUACCAGAGGACGGUCAACGGUAUGGACAAAAACUGAGGAACGGUACUCUAACAGGUGCCCUGGCAAAACUGUCCUACGGGGAGACUCCAAUCUUAACCAAUCGUAUAUUCAUCAAACAGUACAGCGCGUCCAUAAUGGAGUUCACCACCCCUUUUGAUUUCGAUCAGCUGUGUGUGCUAGUACCCAAAGCCGAGAAAAAUCACAUCUGGAUGUUCAUUCUGUUGUGUUUCGAACGGGACGUGUGGAUUUUGCUAGCCGUCUGCUACGUGUUGUCCAUUGUCAUCUGGUUCAUUGUCCGCUCGGUCAUCGACAGAAAACAACCGGACAGUGUACAGCUCGCAAUUGAACUGUUGCAGAUAUUCUUGAACUCGUCAAUCCGCCGCAAACUGAGGACAACAUCAGAGCGAGUGUUCGUUGUGUUUGUGGUGAUCUUCUCGCUGCUGAUGGCACACACUUUUCAAACAUACCUCGUGAAGUCGUUCAGCACGCGCACCUACAAGAAAGACAUCAACACUCUGGAGGACCUGGACAAGUCUCACCUAAAGGUGUACGUAGCCUCCAAGAACCUGGGCGACACUUUCUUGGCCGAAAACAAUGCUAUCAUGUCUAGUUUGUUCAAGAAGUUCAUCUACAACUUCAAAGACGAGUCGAACCGAGGCAGGUGGAAGCGUAUCGCUUACGACAAAGACAUCGCCGUUCUGGGCAAGGAGCGCGAUCUUAUCGAUCAGAUCAACCUGGUCACUGAGAAUGGAGAUCCGUUACUGCAUUUAGUGAAGGAAUGUCCGCGUGCCUACCACAGUGCUUACUCUGUGGGUGUGAACUCGCCCUACAUGGAGUCGAUCAACAGGAUUAUCGGGCAGUCGUUGGCAGCCGGUCUCUUCAAGAGUUGGUUCUUCAACAACAUGAGCAAGCGGCAAAGUGUGAACGUGGUCAACCAGGAGACGUGGCGCAGUGAUAACGUCACGUUCAGUUUGGAGCAUUUAACGGUCGCUUUCACCACGUUGGUAGUCGGACUGAGUCUGGCGUCUGUUGUUUUCCUACUUGAGUUGGUCACGUAUCGGUGCUGUUGCAGAAAGUCUCAUCGUUCUUAA